AUGGAGACCCAGAGGGCCAGCCUCUCCCUGGGACGGUGGUCACUGUGGCUACUGCAGCUGAGACUAGUGCUGUCUUUGACCAGUGCCCAUGCCCUCCGCUACAGGGAGGCCGUGCUUCGUGCUGUGGGUCAGCUUAAUGAGCAGUCCUCAGAAGCUAAUCUCUACCGCCUCCUGGAGCUGGACCUGCCUCCCAAGGAUGUGGAGGACCACAGUGCUCGAAAGCCUGUGAGUUUCAGGGUGAAGGAGACCGUAUGCCCCAGGUCGAGCCAGCAGUCCCCGGAGCAGUGUGACUUCAAGGAGAAUGGGCUGGUGAAAAAGUGUGUUGGGACAGUCAGCCUGGACAAGACUGAUAACCAGUUUGACCUAAACUGUGUCAGGAGACUUUUUCCCUGGUGUCAACAUCUCCGAAGGGAAAGGCCAUGGCCAAAGCCAUUACCAUUACCAGUGCCAAGGCCAGGGCCAAGGCCAUGGACAAAACCAUUGUGA